AAAACAAAAUGACCGACAAAAAACGCACGCCUCGGGCCCGCACGACGCCGCCCGACGCGCUCGCGCUUCCGCACGUCACCGAGGCCAUUGCGAUGUGCUUGGACAACCAGGCGGACUUUAGCAGCUUCCUCCACUCGGUGCCACGCUCGCUCUGGACGCUGGCGCUCACGGCCUUUCUCGACUGCAGCACGACAGCGCCGCAUUGGGUCUACGCCAACUGGCCGUGCAUUGUGCUGCGCGACAUGGACUUGUCGCCUUCGGUCUGGACGCUGCUCGCGGCGACGCUGCCGCUGCGUCCACGCAUCGAACUCCAGUUUGCGAUCCAGGACGCAGCGCGACUGACAUCGCUCGUUGCCGUCCUCGGCCCUGCGCUCAGCAGCGUCAUUCUCUUUUUCUCCCGCGGCUGCAUGGUCCAAGGCCGAGGCCAAGCGAUCAGCAACCUCCUCUUGCAGCGCUGCCCACGUCUGCGCCAAGUGUCGAUCUCGGUCAUUUCUUGUUCCGAGAACGAGGCCGUCGAGCUCAACGAUCUGCUCGCUGUCGUCGCCCACCCGCAUGUCCGCGACUUCGACCUCGAGCUCGCAACCGCGACACCACGACUCGGGCAUCACUUGGCCGCAUGGCUCUCGACAGCACCGGCGACGAAGCUCCGAUUGGUUGAUGUCGCCCAGAUGGACCACGAUGCUGUCAUCGCGUUCUGCAAAGCGCUCCAAGCCAGCACGACGCUGCGAGAGCUCACCAUGUACAACACACCUGCCCUCGGUGGCUUCCACGGCCGCACGCUUCCAGUGUCCCUGAAGCGCUUUGAGUGGAAUGUGAGCUCGAACGUGGUUGUCGACGCCGCAACGCUGACGGACCUCGCGACUGCCGUCGGGCCCACGCAGCUCGAGCGUCUCGAGUGCAGCGUCUUUGGCCAGUUGGCGACAUGCCCGGCGGCGGCGCCAAUGCUAUCGCAACUGCAGUCCCUUGUCGUCUCCAGGUUGCACGUCGAUAACAUGCUGGCAUUGAUCGCGGGCUUGUCGUCGGUCCCGGCGCUGACGUCUCUUGAUCUUCGCCAUUGCAACCUCUUGUUGUCGACGGAGCUGCUCAUGGAGACGCUUGCGAUGACGUGCAUGCAUCUCGAGACGCUGCGCGUCAGCGAUCAGCAGUCGACGCACGAUGGGGCCACCGCUGUUCUCUCGGGCGUGUUGCAAUUGCCACGCUUGACGACGCUGGACCUCUGGAUGCCUCUGCUGGAUGUGUUGCAUGUGCUUCCAGAGCUCGUUGCUGCGGGCCGCCACCUUCGCCGCCUCUCCUUGAUGAGCAUCGGGCGACCCAACUACAAAGUGGAGAAGCGCGCGAUCUACGAGGCGCUGGCGCAAGUCCCCAACGUCCCGUUUGUGCUUCAGACGUUGCCAAAAGACAUGGACAAGUUCGUGGUCGACGCGCUCAGUCGACGCGCCGAUCGUCGCCACCAUUGCGACUUGGCUCUCUGA